AUGAAUCCUUUACUUUUCGUCAUCGUUUUGCUCCACCUUUCCUUGGCCACCGCCGCCAACUUCACGCAAGUCUUCGAGUGGCCCGAUGGAAUGGACUAUGAGUGGCCGUCCGAGACGAAAAGGAUACAGGCCUUGCAAGCUGGAGCUUUCAAGCCUGAGAACAUUGUACCUCUUUUCAUGGCUGUGUUCGGAUCAAGGAUCUUCCUGAGCCUUGAUAAAGUAGAUGGCAUUCCGGUGACUUUGGUGUCUCUGCCGACGAGCAAAGCGUCCACUGCGUCCCCGAAGCUCACACCAUUCCUUUCGUGGCACAUGCAUGAAUAUGGAAACUGCAAGAAUAUUGAACAACCAACAGGGCUGGAAGUGGACAACGUUGGCAGGCUGUGGGUUCUGGACAGCGGUAGCGAAAAUUGCAAUAGCAAACUAUGGAUUUUCGACUUGUCCAACCACGAUCAAACCGUACUGAUUCAUCAUUUUCCUAAUGCCUAUUACUUGCACGACUUGGUGCUGGAUGAAACGCCCAACGGAUAUUUCGCUUAUUCCACGCAGUGGGGUGAAAAUGACAUUGUCGCGUUUAGUUUAGAAAGAGAAGAAUCUUGGACUGUCAAAACUCCAGGAAUGAGGGUUUUGUCCACUGCCCUUUCCCCCAAGGAGGAACCGAGACAACUCUAUCUUGGCAAAUACAACUCCACCGAACUGUAUUCAACUUCCGUUGCCGAACUUCGCAACGGAAAUCGAACUGCAAAUCCGAAACCAAUCGGAAAAUGGAUUGGAUAUAAUUCGUAUAGAAUGCUGAUGGACAACCACGGAACCAUGUAUGCCGCCUUUUGGGAGAUCAAUUACAUAAUCUCCGUGAACAUAUACCAGCCAGAUCAGGCGCAGAAUUUUCAUGAGGAUGAAAAGAUGAGUACUGAAUGGCCGUUUACUUUUUCCUUGGACUCGUCGGGAACCUUUUGGAUGACUGAGUUUAUUAAAACAAGGACUAGGCCUACGUACAGGCUACUAAAGGCCGCAGUCGGUUCAAAGUCAUACAUGAGCGAACCUCAGACAACAGGCGGACGGAAGUGUUAA